GAGCAAAAGAGUACUAGUGUGCCCGCGGCCGCUCGCGCCACAAACCCUGGACGCCAUUUGUCGCCGCCCGGGGGGAGAACCGUCUCACCUCAACAACCGCAAAGUUGUGUGAGAGAGAGACGAGAGACGGAGAGGCUGUGGGCAGCGUCACUCCCGCGUCCUCCUCCUCCUUCAAUUCGCAUAACAUGGCCGACGUUGAUAUUGAUCUCUACGGAGACGUGGAGCAGGACUUCACCCAGGAUGACUUUGCUGACGGAGACCUGUAUGAUGCGGUCCUCACGGGUGGUGGAAGAGAACGUGAACGCGAGGCCCCUUCCAGCCCAACGCCAGCUUCUACAGAACGCAAUGGAGGCACUGCCCCUGCUCGUCAGUCAUCAUCUCAGUCUCAGAGAGGACGUUCUGUGUCCUCUGAAGAACGCUCAGUCUUCUCUGGCCCUGUGCCACACAGUGGACGCAAAUAUCAACUUUAUGUGGGCAACUUGACUUGGUGGACAACAGAUAAUGAUAUUGCCGCGGCUGUCCAAAACCUUGGUGUGAGUGACUUUUUGGAUGUUAAGUUCUUUGAAAACCGUGCCAAUGGUCAGAGUAAAGGUUUCUGUGCCAUAUCUUUGGGUUCGGAGAACAGCAGCCGGCUGGUAAUGGAGAAACUACCUCGUAAGGAAAUACACGGCAUGAAUCCUGUGGUCACCUUUCCCAGCAAGCAGGCCCUUAACCAGUUCGAGUCUCAGAGCAAAACUCGGGCAAGCCCUCAACACCAACAUCGUGGCGGUCCUGGUGGUCCCGGUGGCCACCCAGGUGGGGGUCCAGGAGGUCCUGGAGGACCUCGAAUGCCUCCUCCAGGUCGGGGCAUGCCUCCACCAGGAAUGGAACAUAGACCACCAGGUCCACCUGGCCCUCAUGGUUCUCAUGGUGGCCCCCAUGGUGGUCCACAUGGUGGUCCUCAUGGUGGUCCUCAUGGUGGCCCACAUGGUGGUCCUCAUGGCCCACACGGUCCUCAUGGCCCACAUGGUCCUCCAGGUCCACACGGACCCCCUGGUGGCCCUCAUGGUGGCCCACAUGGACCACAUGGUGGACCCCAUGGUGGACCCCAUGGUCCACCCCAUGGCCCACCCCAUGGUCCACAUGGUCCCCCAGGACCGCACGGGCCUCCAGGUAUGGGUCCUCAUCAUGGACCUCACCCAGGUCCUCCACGUGGACCUCCACCUCACAACAUGCAAGGCCCAGGACCCCGCCCUCCACCCCCACCUGGUCACAUCCAGAGGCCCAUGCAUCCUGGAGGCCCAGGUGGUCCACCACCAGGCCAUGGUCCACCCCCUCGUGGGCCACCACCUAACAUGGGCCCUCCACCUGGCCAGCAUGGUCCCCCACCACCUCGUGGACCUCCUCCUCCGAUGGAUCCAAGGGCUCCCCCACCAAGACCAGAUUUUAUACAAGGUGGCUUCCCGGCCACGAGCAGUCCCCCCUCGGUACCCCACAACUUGGCACUCUCUACGAGGCCGCCUAUGAUGCAAGGUCCUCCUCCACAUGGUGCCCCCCCACCACAUGGGCCUCCUCCCCAUGGCGGUGGACCACCAGCUCCUCAUGUCAACCCGGCCUUCUUUCCACCUCACAAUGCUCCUCCUCCUGCUGCAGCUGCGCCUCCUGCACACUACGCCCCACCACCACCAGCUCACCAGCAUGGGUUCGGUGGGGGUGAUCAUCGCAUAGAAGGCCCACCACCACUCUCAGAGGCAGAAUUUGAAGACAUAAUGAAUCGUAAUCGUACAGUAUCUAGUUCAGCAAUUGCUAGGGCUGUUGCUGAUGCCUCUUCUGGGGAAUAUGCCAGUGCAAUAGAAACCCUGGUGACAGCAAUAUCCCUUAUAAAGCAGUCAAAGGUGGCUCAUGAUGACCGCUGUAAGAUUCUUACAAGUUCACUUCAGGACACCCUUCAUGGUAUUGAAGCCAAGAGCUAUGGCUCCAGCAAAAGAAGAGAACGUUCCCGAACACCAAGCAGGCGACAUCGUCGUGACAGAUCACGCUCAAGAGAGAGAGAGUAUCGUGACCGUUCACGUUCACAUUCUCGUGAGCGUGACUACGAACGGCAUCGCAGUGAGAGAGAACGUGGAACAUCAGAUCGUACAUCGGAGCGCGAUAGGGACUAUGAAAGAUCAUACAGUCGGGAAAGAGAAUAUGACCGAGCCCGUGAGCGUGACAGAGAGAGAGAUAGGGACCGUGAGAGGCGGGGUCGGGUGUCAGGGGGUGCGGCUGCUGUUGCUCCUGCCGCUUCUCCCCCCUCAGCUACUCUUCACAACUCUCUGCAGCCCAGGUAUUAUGACGAGCGUUAUCGAGAGCGUGAUGCAAGAAGAGAGCGAAUUGAAGAACGCCCAGUUCGUGAACGUAUUGAAGAACGUAGCACGCGGGAAGAUGUUCGAGAGCCUGUUAGAGAACGUGAACGUGACCGUGACCGAGAAAGAGAGCGUGAACGAGAUGUUAGAACCAGGGAAGAGAGGGAAUCAUCAUCACACCGUUCCUCCAGACACUAACCCCUUAGCUCCUGCCCAUUCAUAACCUGCUUUGAGGAGACUUCCUUUUGGAUGUGACAAUUUAAGUCAUUUUAAAAGUUUGGUUAUAUCUUUAGCAGCUUUUUGAGGGGGAUAAAAAUAUCCGACCAAGUAAGACUGCAUUACAUUAAAUGAGUAUGAAAUGUAAAGGUUGCUGCUUUUUUUUUCAGACUUAAUGGGUGGAAGUUGGAUCCAUUUUCUUAGUAUUUUUUAUGUAGAUACUUAUUACUUGCUUUUUUGAAUUGCAAUAAAGGUUGCAGUUUAGCUGAUCAAGUAUAGUUAAUUAUUAUAAAUGAUUCUUUGGUUGAUGCUGUAUUUAGAAUUACCAUUUUAAACCAGUAUCUGCUGCAGAUCACAUCAGCAAUGCAUUUUACAUGUGGUUUUGCUACAGAAGCAGUUGCAAGCCGUCAGUGUUAAUGAUAAAUACCUGAUGGGCAAUAAUAAUCAAUUUAUUUGUUAAGUUCAUCUGUAGUAUUUCUGUUCAUGGCAGUAUUUUGUGUUGCACAAGUUCAUCUUUGGGGACAUGAAAACAUUUCCAUUGCCAUUGUUUAUAAUAAUGGUGUGAAGCAUUGGCAGUGUCCGUGUGAGUGUCUGUUUAGGUACACAGUGUAGUAAGAAGUUGUACAAGUUGAAGCAAUUUAGGCAACAUUUUGUUUGCAAUUUAUGCAAAGUUUGUAGCAUUUGAGUACCUUUUGUAUAUUUUGUCACGAAUGAUAUGUUGUUACUAAGUAUUUUACACGAUUGGUUUUGAAAUGGAAAUAUAGUUGCAUUAUUUUAUAAGAGGAAUGCUGACUAUGUGAUGAUACAGAUCAAUUAUAAUAAAAAUGAAUGCAAAAUGUGUUUAAUUGUGGAACAUAAAUUUUGUAAUAUUGUUUGCUUCAUAUUCAGAUACUUAUUCUAACAUGGUAUAUGAAAUGUCUGUAACAGCUGCAAUUCAACUGUAAAUGUCAUCAAAUGCCCAAUUCAACACAAAUUGUGUUGUGUUUAAAGAUAACUGACCCCUGGCUUUGUGAUAAUAGGUAAUUUCAUGUUGCCAAUUAAAUUUACAAAUAUUUGGCAAAGACAGUCCAGUAAUAGGAAUUAUUACAUUUUUAAAAAUAUGUGAAGUUGCAUUGGUUGUGUGUGUGUUACAGAACAAAAAUGGUUUCCCCAAAAAUGCCCUUUGCAUUAAAAAAUGAGAAAGACAAUGGGUAUUAGUGAGUUACAUUGCCCAACCCUGACCAUAAAUAUUGAAAGAAACAAAAAUUGUUCAUACUUCUCCUGUAUUUUUUUAUUGAAUAUAUGAAAAUUGUCAAUAAAUGUUUUCUUGGC